GUUUUGGAAGUCAGACACAAUGCCUGAUCAACGCGGUCAGUAUAUUCGAGAUACGCCUAAGCAGUAUGUUGGUGAAUUCCUCGGACAUAACACAAGUGUUUUCUUAUAGUCAGCCACUUUAUAACUCUUUAUCUUUCUUCCCAAACUGGGAUCUGAUCGUUUCUAGAUUCUCACCUUUUUGUUGAUUCAUGAUUUCGUUGUGUGGUUUAGAAGGUUGGAUAUAUCUUUCAAUUCUGUAUCCCGGAUCCCUAAUAAGCCACUUGCACAUUAAAUAAUUUAUGAAGUAUCUUGAAUUGGCAAAUGAAGAAUUAGCUCCAUGGGAUGAUGUAAGCUGCUAUUGAUGACGUAUAUAGGGUGACAUAAACUGCUAUUGAUGACAUCUAUAGGAUGACGUAUUCUGUUGUUAUUGAGAAUAUAAUGGUUUAAUUUUGUGAAUAUGGUUUAUUGACCUGCCAUAGUUUCUACCAUGUUAAAGAUAUUAUUAGUUAAUGAAUAUCUAAUCUGAUCCGUCAAUCAAUCAUGUGCCUCUAAUAAUCUUGUAGAAAGAAGGAACCAGAAGGAAACAUAAAUCGGAUACUUAUACGGCUCCUUUCACUUGGAUUUUCUGCUGUCCUCGAAAGGGUUAAAAUAGAAGCACAAUGUAGUCUGUGUGCUCAGUUUCGAUUGGUAUAGGUGGGGCUGGUUCCAUAUUGAAAUUUAAUCAGAAUUUUAGAAUGUACUCUACCAUGGAAUUAAUUAUUGUUGUCUCUAAAUUCUGUAGCAAACUAGUCUUUUUAGUGCAUGAUCAGUUUGUGAAAUUAUGUGAUUGCUAGGUGAGCAUAGCUCUUCUAUUAUGGUAAGCGAGUUUUCUUAUGGAAUAGAAACUGAUAUUAUUUGUUGAAGAGCAGUUGGGAAAUCAUAUGUCUUAUCACCCAGUGAGAAACUUGUAGCUGUGGAGUCAGUUAAAUCGCUUGAACAUCCUCAGCCUUCCCUAAUGCAUGACCAGAAAAUGAAUCAUAGCUUAGAUAAGCAUGCAGUGGGAGCAGAGAGAGCAUUAAGUCGGUCCCUCACUUUGUUGAGACCCGUGGACAACAAUACUGGUACAGGGACCAGUUUGAAUGUACAGCCAACAUCUUAUUUUGCAGAAGUUGGCAAAGUGAAUGCGAUGGCAACUCAGCACGAGAAUAGUCUCUUCUCAAGCUCGUUAUCAGAAUUAUUUAGUAGGAAGUUGAGAUUAUCUUCAACCAAUUCUCUAUAUGGCCAUUCUGUUGAUACCAUUGCCUCUCACUUUGAGGAAGAGGAACCUUUUCAGUCUCUUGAAGAAAUUGAGGCCCAAACCAUUGGAAACCUUCUUCCCAAUGACGAUGACUUGUUUAGUGGGGUGACUGAUAGAGUAGAAAAUAUCAACCAUCCCAGUGGUGGAGAUGAUAUGGAGGAUUUGGACUUUUUCAGCAGUGUUGGAGGGAUGGAUUUGGGGGAUGAUGGUUCUGUGGCCCAGAUUGACUCUGAAUUUCAUGGAGGAGCUUCUAAUGGUCAGCUGGGGGCAUGCAAUCUUUCAAUGGCAGGAGAACACCCUUAUGGUGAACACCCUUCUAGAACGCUCUUUGUGAGAAAUAUAAAUAGCAAUGUUGAAGAGUCUGAGUUAAGGGCUGUAUUUGAGCAAUAUGGUGAUAUUCGUACACUUUAUACGUCUUGCAAGCAUCGAGGUUUUGUUAUGAUAUCCUAUUACGAUAUUAGAGCAGCCAAAAACGCGAUGAAAGCACUACAGAAUAGGCCUUUGAGACGUAGGAAACUUGACAUUCAUUACUCAAUUCCAAAGGACAACCCUUCAGAGAAAGAUUUUAACCAGGGCACUCUUGCUGUGUUCAACCUCGAUUCUUCUGUUUCAAACGAUGAUCUUUGUCAGAUAUUUGGCGUCUAUGGAGAGAUCAAGGAGAUUCGUGAAACCCCAAACAGAAAUCAUCACAAAUUUGUUGAAUUUUAUGAUGUGAGAGCUGCAGAGGCUGCUCUUCAUGCAUUGAACAAGAGUGAUAUUGCUGGGAAGCGGAUUAAGCUUGAAGCAAGCUGUCCAGGGGGUUUGAGACGUUUAUUGCACCAGAUUCCUCCUGAGUUGGAACAAGAUGAAUUUGGGCCUUUCGUGCAGCAGAACAGCCCUCCCAAUAACUCAACUACUGGAUUCUCUGGAACAAUUAUAUCCACUGGCAUGGAUAAUGGGCCUAUUUUGGGAGCACCCUCUGCAACACAAGCCUCGUUUUUGGAAUCUGCAUUGCAUCAUGGAAUCUCUUCUAGCGUUCCUAACAGCAUGUCCUCACUUUCAAGAGUUGAAUCAGCUGGCAAUCAAACUGGCUUUGCUGAGCUCAGUCACUCACCAGGUCAUUUGAAAUUUGAUAUCCAGAGCACUUUAAAUUUUCAUCCUCAUUCACUUCCCAAGUAUGAUGGUCUAAAUAGUGGUGUUCACUGCAACUCUCCUGGAGCAAUGGCUGCAAACAUCAAUCCAAGGCCACUUGAAAGAAUUGAUACCCGGCAUUUAGCCAGAAUUAGCCCAAAUGGAAACCCAAUUGAAUUCAGUGAAGGAGUUUUUGGAUCUGCCCGAAAUGGAAGCUGCUCUCGACCUGGACAUCACUAUACAUGGGGUAACUCCUAUCAUCACCAGCCCCCAGGCAUGAUUUGGCCAAACUCCCCAUCAUUUGUCAAUGGAAUUUCUGUAGCUCAUCCUGGACCACGGCUGCAUGGACCGCCUAGAGCACCACCUCCUAUGCUGAAUCCUGUUUUAUCCAUCAAUAACCAACAUGUGGGAUCUGUGCCAGCUGUCAAUCCUUCUCUCUGGGAUAGACAACACGCAUAUGCAGGGGAAUCUCCUGAUGCUUCUGGUUUCCAUCCCUGUUCUCUUGGGAGCAUGAGGAUUUCCAAUAAUUCAUUGCACUCCAUGGAAUUUCUCUCCCCUAAGAUGUUUCCUCAUGUGGGGGGAAACUGCCUGGAACUUCCAAUGCCCCCUCAAAAUGUUGGGUUCCAAUCACAACAGCAGAGGUCCAUGGUGUUUCCUGGCAGAGGCCAAAUGAUUCCCAUGAUUAAUACAUUUGAUGCUCCUGGUGAACGUGCUAGAAGCCGUAGAAAUGAAGGCAGCACUAGUCAGGCAGACAAGAAACAAUACGAGCUUGACAUUGAUUGCAUAUUGCAAGGGGAAGACAACCGAACAACACUUAUGAUAAAGAAUAUUCCUAACAAGUAUACUUCAAAAAUGCUUCUGGCUGCAAUCGAUGAACGCCAUAAAGGAACUUACAAUUUUGUUUACCUACCAAUUGAUUUUAAGAACAAAUGCAAUGUUGGGUAUGCGUUUAUCAACAUGAUUGAUCCCAGACAAAUAAUUCCAUUCUAUCAGGCAUUUAAUGGAAAGAAAUGGGAGAAAUUUAACAGUGAAAAAGUAGCAUCGCUUGCAUAUGCCCGCAUACAAGGAAAAGCAGCUCUCAUUGCACAUUUCCAGAAUUCAAGCUUGAUGAACGAGGAUAAGCGAUGCAGACCCAUUCUCUUCAAUACCGACGGACCCAAUGCAGGUGACCAGGUGCCCUUUCCAAUGGGGGUUAAUGCAAGAACUAGACCUGGGAAACCCCGAACCAUCACCCAUGAGGAGAACCAGCAAGGAAGCCCAUCAAAUCUGGCAGGUGGGGAGGAUUCUUCAAAUGGGGACGCUUCCUCAGGUUCUGGAAAGGAGUCUGAUUAAGCAAGCCACUUGUUUUUGUGGGCUCUAACCUCGUAGGACUGAGUAAUUUAAGAUCGGUGCCACCCCAAGUCUUUACGGCGUUGUGGUGGCUGAUUAAAAAGAGACUUUUUUCAUCUUUUGAGAAGCUUCUUGAAAAUUAUAGAGGACUUAGCCAGACCUAAAGUGAAUUUCCAAUUUUAUUCAGAUUUUCAUAGAAUUCUGAAAUGGUUAGACAAAGAAGCAUCAGGUGGGGCUUCGAAAUUUUGGAUGUUGUUGAGAGUAAUCUACACACACACACACAACAUAGUAUGUAUAGGAGUUUCUGAGAAAAUAAGGGAUCUUUUUGCCGAGGUUCCGGAGGCUUCUGUAUUUCCCGGGGUUUUGUUUGCUUUUGAAUGUUGGGUUUGUAUCCCAUUUGUAAUUUCUCGCUGAAAUAUACCGAAGUCAGGGACUUUUGUUUUUAAAA